AUGAAUACGAGCAGUAAUAGUAGUGGUAUUAAAAGACGAAAUGCACCACAACAACAUUCCAAAAUUUCAAAACAAGAACAAUCGACUACAGUAUUGAAAAUAAAAACAAAACCAUUCAUUCGACCAAUAGUUAAAAAAAGUAUAACAAGUUGUGUAUUUGGUAUAAUUCUUAUUGUUAGUACAUUGAUCGUUUUUGGACCAACACUUUUAAACCAUUAUGGAGAUAUUAUUUUAACAAAACUUUUAUUUCAAACAUGGGUUCGAUAUUAUCCAUGGAGAGACUUAUCACGUCCAGAACUGUUCGAUCUAACCGCAGCUAAUUUUUAUCAUCAAACAACAAAUCCAGACAGUAAACUUGGAAUAUGGUUAGUAGUACUAUUAUAUGAAUAUGAGAGACGCACUAUAUAUGUUAGAAAGAGCAGUGCUAUAUGA